AUCAGUCGCGCGUCUUUCGUCCAACCAACGUUUGUUGUGGCUCGAGCAGGCAAACAAUCGAACGGUCAGUCCUCUUUGCCGAGGUUUCUUCUUGAGAAUCAAAAUCUGUCUUGCCUUCACCAACGAUCUCAAAAUCGGUAGCCCUUAUCCGCUGGGCACCAUCCAAACCGACUAGCGGCACUGCUUCUCGCUUUGAGAAGUCACGCAUACAAGCUGGUCUCCUUCAAGACCAAGGCCUGAUCGUCCAUCCUCUACACACCACGACGCUAUUUACGACCUGCUGACAAUAUGCCUCCAGUAUCUGCGUCCAAGGCCAAACGCCAAGCCGAGAAGGCGGCCAAGGCUCAGGCCAAGGCGGAGGCCAAGGGUGAGACCGCUUCCACUGCCACUUCAACGUCUGCCAAGACCGGCGCCUCCACCGCACCCACCAGCGUGAAUGGCGAUGAGGUGGAAGAGAUUGACAUGAAGAAGCUCGCUCUGGCCACUGACCGCAAUGCGUCAGGUGUGCUCACUAGCGAUCCUCAAGGCCGAGACAUUCACAUCGACAGCUUCACCAUGAGCUUUCAUGGUCGUCUUCUCGUCGAUGGUGCCAGCGUAGCACUCAAUUACGGACAAAGAUAUGGGUUGCUGGGAGAGAACGGAUCAGGAAAGACUACUUUUUUGGAAGCUCUGGCCAACAGAGACGUCGAGAUUCCUGGGCACGUCGACAUCCACUUGGUGCGCGGUGAGGUCGAGCCGUCGGAGGAGAACGGAUUGGAGUACUGCAUCAAGAGCGCUCAGGAGAAGGUCGCCCGUCUCGAAAAGGAGAUCGAGGACAUGUCCACCGCGGAUGCUGUAGACGAGGUUGGACUCGAGCUCAAAUACGAAGAACUGGAGGAGCUUGACCCAAGCACGUUUGAGGCCAAGGCAGGCGCCAUUCUGCAUGGUCUCGGUUUCAGCAAGACGAUGAUGAACAAGCCGACCAAGGAUCUUUCUGGUGGUUGGCGUAUGCGUGUCGCCCUUGCUCGUGCUCUUUUCAUCAAGCCCCACCUCUUGCUCCUGGAUGAACCUACGAACCAUUUGGAUCUUGAAGCAGUCGUCUGGCUCGAAGCCUACUUGUCUACCUACAACCAUAUCCUUGUCUUGACAUCCCACUCUGCUGACUUCAUGGACUCCAUCUGCACCAACAUCAUGGAUCUGACCCACCACAAAACGCUGGUCUACUACGGCGGUAACUACACCACCUAUGUGCGUACCAAGGCAGAAAACGAGACGAACCAAAUGAAGGCGUACGCCAAGCAGCAGGAAGAGAUUGCUCAUAUCAAGAAGUUCAUUGCGAGUGCCGGUACUUACGCAAACUUGGUCAAACAAGCCAAGUCGAAGCAAAAGAUCAUCGACAAGAUGGAAGCUGCCGGCUUGAUCCAACCCGUCACUACACCUCGACCUUUGCGUUUCAACUUUGAGGAUGUGCGCAAGCUGCCCCCUCCUAUCAUUGCAUUCAAUGAGGUGGCUUUCAGCUACAGCGGCAAAAAGGAGGACUACCUGUACAAGGACUUGUCUUUCGGUAUCGAUAUGGACAGCCGUGUCUGCAUUGUGGGACAAAAUGGUACCGGUAAAUCCACCCUGCUGAACCUGAUCACCGGAGCCCUUAUGGCAGUGGAAGGCUCAGUACAGAGGCAUGCCGGCCUCAAGCUUGCCAAGUACAGUCAACACUCUGCCGAUCAGCUGCCGUACGACAAGUCACCGCUUGAGUACAUCGAGUCCAAGUACAAGGAGCAGAUGCCAGAGAAGGGAGUGCAAUUCUGGCGCCAGCAAAUCGGUCGGUUCGGCCUUACGGGCGCCCACCAAACUAGCGCCAUCAAAACUCUGUCCGACGGAUUGAGGAACAGAGUCGUCUUUGCUCAAUUGGCAAUGGAGAACCCGCACAUCUUGUUGUUGGACGAGCCCACGAACCAUUUGGACAUGUCUUCGAUUGAUGCGCUGGCCCAAGCUAUCGUCGAAUUCGAAGGCGGUGUGGUCGUCGUCUCGCACGAUUUCAGAUUGCUGUCCAAGAUUGCAAACGAAAUUUGGGAGGUGAAGGAUGGAAAGAUUAUCAACCUCAGCUCCCGAGAUAUCGACAUUGGAACCUACAAGAAGCAGCUGAUGAAGAACAGUGCGGCGGCUAUCGAGAAAGCCAAGCUCACUGCCAAGGGCAAGGCAUGAGCCGUCGAUGGACUGCAUCAAAGCGACACGUUUGCGGGUGUGCAUCAAUCUCCGGGCCUUCGAUUGGCAGCCGCCUGUCUUCUAGCCUGCGACUGCCACCUUCACGCGCUGCACGCCAAUAGCUGGCCUCAGCAGGCCCCUCAAAAUUUACCUGCGAUACCUGUAAUAAUAUUGGCGGGGAAAUAUGGUCAGUAGCGUCUCUCACCCGUGCAUUGCACCUCUGGGCAGCACGCUCUCGGACCGGACCAAUCAUGCCCGUGAAAUUUGAUAGACGCAUCUAUUGCCAUGAC